AAAUUCGUAAACGCGUUUGCACAUAGAGGAGCGGUUGCUUUUUGUCAUUCGCCCUCUCUUUUUUUUUUGUCCUGGAAAAAGCUCCCUGUUUUCAAAUACAACAGAGGCCUAAACAAUAAACGCCCUUGUCUAAACGUCGAAAAAAAAAAACACCAAAAAAAUACCUCCACACAUUUAGACAAUCGACUCUCGCUUCUUAUUUCAGGUCUGACUUGAUUAAAAAAAAUAGCCGUAAUCAGAGCCGGCACCUUCUGAUUGACCCACAAAACCUUUAUGCCUCUAAUUUGCUCUCUGUCUUCUGAGCCUUGCAGGGAACCGGUCACCACGAAAAAUGGACAUAUUUUCGAGCGCAGACUCAUCGAAAAAUACAUCCAGAAUUCGGGAACGGAUCCCAUCACCAAUCAGCCACUCACCACAGAAGAUCUCAUCGUACUCAAAGUCGAUCCCAGUCCGGACACUCUGAAGCCCAGGGAGCCUGGAGCCCAAGGAAUACCUGGAAUCAUACAGUCUCUUCAAAGCGAGUGGGACGCGCUCAUGCUCGAAAUGUUCAACCUUCGUCAGGAACACAUGCGCGUCCGGAAGCAGCUCGCUCAUUAUCUCUACCAACACGACGCGGCUUGUCGCGUUAUCGCGCGAAUAUCUAGUGAGAGGGACCAGUACAUGCAGGAACUCAGCAAAUUCAAGGCGCAGGUCCGCAUCACUAACGUUCACAACAGCCCCUCCUCGUCAAAAAUGGAUGCAGACAAAGACAAGGAUGCAGAAGGCGAUGCACCUGAGGGACUCUCAGAAGAGUUACAAGACCUCAUUGCUAAGAAGAAGAAUGAGUUGUGCGAUAUUCGAAUGACCUACAAAAUCAGCCCUUCCACAAUUACUUCGAAGACUCUUUCUUCUUCCAUGAAGCUCGUAGAGUCACAUCUGCUACACAUUCAGAAUGCACCCGGUAUCACGUGCGUGGAUAUUCAUCCAAACCAGGUUUUGUUUGCAACGGGCGGCGUCGAUACAUCCGUCGUUCUUUUUGAUCGCUCUCAAGCAAAAAAAAUAGCCAUCCUUUCCGGUCAUACCAAAUCUGUCACGGCCGUGAAAUUUCACCCCACGGACGCAAGAAUCAUAUCCGCAGAUGAUGCUGGUGACAUCCUCGUAUGGGCGGAAGAAAACGCCUCCUGGACUCUCGUGUGCACCAUUCACGCUCACUCAUCCAGCGUCGCAUCUCUAGACAUCCACCCGAUCGGAACACUGAUACUCGCGUCUUCCGCGGACCGCACGUUCUCUCUGUGCGAUAUCCAACACGGAAAGGUGCUCGCCCGACACCUCCACCCAAAAUUACAAACCCCUAUCGCCGUCGCCAAAUUCCAUCCAGACGGAGAAAUUAUGGCCACCGCGGGAGAAGACAACCACAUUCAUAUAUGGAAAGUCUGUACUCAAGAAUAUCUCACCUCCUUUGAAGGACAUACCGCUAAAAUCACCGGUCUGUCUUUCAGCGAAAACGGGCGCACCCUCGCCAGUUCAGGCGCAGAUCACACCAUCAAAUUGUGGGAUCUCUCCAGUGUGUGCCUAUACAAAACACUGGAGCUAGACGCCGCUGCCAUAGGUCUCUCCUUCGAUCAUAGCGGACGGUUCCUCGCAGCUCUGUACACCAACGAAAUACGCGUGUUCGCGGGCGGGCAAUUGGAACUCGUAAAAUCGUUCAGCGAAGACGUCAAAGACGCAACCGGGUUCACGUGGGGACAGGAUGCAAAAACGCUCGCCUUAACCUCACUCGACGGAUCACUCAAAAUAUGGUCCGUAUAGCACGAAUUCAAGCACCCCUCCAUAGAAUGUACUAAACGAACCAGUCGUUCGCAAAUCCCUUCAUCUAUAUCUAAUCUACAGAAAAAAAAAGUUUCCGCGAACGGUCGCGUCCUUUGGGGUUUUUUUUUUUUUUGCCUCUC